AAGAGGAGUGAGAUGCCUCACACCAGCGACUCUUCAUCUCCAAGUAGCAGUGCAGGGAGCAGAGCUUCCUAUGAAACACCAGCACUAUCAGACCUUCAGCGGCUGUUUUGGUUCAGAGGAGGAUCUGAUAAUCAUGUGGAUGAAGUCUGGCCAAAUAUUUACCUGGGAGAUGCGUGGGCUGCUAGGAGCAAAACCACUCUUCAAAGCCUCAACAUUACUCACAUCCUUAAUGCAGCAGAUGGGCCAUAUAACAUCAACACAGGAGCCAAAUAUUACGAAGAUCUGCAAAUAGAGUACUACGGAGUAGAAGCAUUUGAUGAUCCUUCCUUUGAUUUAAGUAUCUUCUUCUAUGAUGCUGCCAAUUUCAUAAGCAAAGCCUUAAACACUUCAGGAGGCAAGGUGUUUGUUCAUUGUGCCAUGGGGGUGAGCCGCUCUGCAUCUUUAGUGCUUGCCUUUUUAAUGAUUCAUGAAAACAUGACACUUGUAGAUGCUCUGAAAACAGUAAGUGCUCACAGAGACAUCUGCCCAAAUUCAGGGUUCCUUAGCCAGCUCCGGGACCUGGACAUUAAACUAAAUGAAGAGAAGAAAGGAACCAGAACAUCUGCUACGAAAGAGUUGUAAGACAGUAUUGAUGAAAGAAAGGACGCAAUGUUAUUUGAGUUUCCUGUAUCUGUUUUAAAUUAAUUGCAUUUUUAAACUAAGGAAAAACAUUUAUGCAUAUAAUUACUAA